AUGUCGAGCGGCUCCGGGAGAAACAGCCGGCGAAGCUCUGAUUCUGAACUCGAAGAAGGCGAGAUACGGGACACUCCCUCUCCCGGUGACGAUCACCAAGAGCCCGGUGAACUUGGAAAAGGAGAAGUAGUACGCCGUGACGCUCCCUCUCCCGAUGAUCGCGAAGGUUACUCUGGACGAGUCGAGAUCGGGAGCAAAGCGAACACGAUGAGUUUGGAUAUACUGACGAUUGCUGCAACCGCUUCGCGGGAAGAAGCGCGCCGGUCUCAAGAAUCGUCCGCAGCGGCUUCAUCCUCAUCCGAGGACCCUAGCGCCCUUCGUGAGAGAGUCCUGAGAUCUUUCUUCCCCGGUGUCGCCACCAGCGACAUGAUCGAGGGGUGCGAAAUGGUUCUUCUCAUGGAGAAGCCACUUGACAUCAUGGAUGUGAGCCCACCCGCGCGCCGGCUCACGCUGCCCAAGGCGCAACUCCAGGCCAAGUUUCUUAGGAAGGCCGAGAAGGAAGUGCUCAAGACGCGGGACGAGAAUGGGGCGCAGACGGAGAUGAAGGUCUUGCUGCUGGGGCCGUCGGGCGAGACUUGCCACUUGCGCCUGAUAAGGUUAGACUUGAAGAACAAAAGCGAGACGGUGUAUCACCUGGUAGGGCAAGGAUGGGUCGACAUUGUGGCGAGGAACGGAUUGGAGAAGGAUCAAGUAGUCCGGCUUUACUGCUGUCGGAUCGCAUCGAAUCUUUGUUUCGCACUCGUAUGCCCUUGA